AGGCUCCAGCUCAGAUUAUCAAAAUCCAAGAAUGCUCUGGUGCGACACCAUCUAGGGUUUCAUCCCGUGUGAUUUUCCAAAACCCCUACAUCUCCCAUUUACAUCGCUCUCCCAUACACUCAGCUCCUUGGUCCAUCUUCUUCCCAACCCAACUCCUAGGGCUUUUUUGGAAUCCAAAGGCCAAAUCACACAAACAAAAUCUUCACGGAAAGCUGCUAACUUUGAGUUUCUCGUUGGUAUUUGUAAGUGUACUUUUUUCUCUCCUUCAUUCAACAGAAAUUAUUGUUGAAAAUACUGCAAGAUUGCUACUUUAUAUUUCGUUUAGAUACUUAUACUUACGGGUUAGUUAGAGAGAGAGAGAGAGAGAGAGAGAGAGAGAGAGUUUAUAAUUUAUAUGGGGAAGUCAGGGGGUAGGAAGAAGAAGGGUGGUGCAAACCAAGUCUCAGGGGAUAAUUCUACUCUAAGUGCUAAUGGUGGUGUUGAUUUGGACUCUUCAGUCUUUUUAAAAAGAGCCCAUGAGCUCAAAGAAGAAGGGAACAACCGGUUUCAAAUUAAGGACUAUGCGGGUGCUCUCGAGCAGUAUGAUAAUGCUCUUAGACUUACUCCAAAAACCCACCCAGACCGAGCCGUGUUUCAUAGCAAUAGAGCGGCUUGUUUGAUGCAAAUGAAGCCCAUAGACUACGAAACUGUGAUUGCUGAGUGUACUAUGGCGCUUCAGGUCCAGCCCCGGUUCACCAGGGCUAUCCUUAGGAGGGCUCGGGCGUUUGAGGCAAUUGGGAAGUAUGAAAUGGCGAUGCAGGAUGUGCAGGUGUUGUUGGGGGCUGACCCAAACCAUAGGGAUGCUUUGGAAAUUGCUCGGAGGUUGAGGGUGGCAUUGGGUCCUCGCCAGGAGGCCCAGCAAGACCUCCAGAGCCGUCCGUCCCCUGCUGCCCUGGGGGCUUCCGCAGUCCGUGGUGCCCCGAUUGCAGGAAUAGGACCAUGUCUGCCUGCCCGGACGGUAUCUAAGAAGGCGACUGGUACAGCAGGUGGAUCGGUCAUGUCGCCUAAUAAUAAGCAAGAGAGGCCCCAAGCUGUUCUACCCGCUGAAAAUGGUCCCGAGUAUAAAGCACAAUUUCCAAAACUUGCAUUGAAGCCUUCAAGUGGUUCUUCAAAACCUGCUAAUCCUAGCAAGGAUAACCAGAAGGAACAAUCAUCUUGUUCAUCAGUGUCAUUGCAUGGGCAGGCUCCAGAGGCUGCAAUCCAAUGGAGACCAUUGAAGUUUGUUUAUGAUCAUGACAUAAGACUUGCCCAGAUGCCAGUAAAAUGCAGUUUCAGAGUGUUAAGGGAGAUUGUGAGCAAAAGGUUUCCAUCAUCGAAGUCAGUUUUGAUCAAAUAUAAGGAUAAUGAUGGUGAUUUGGUGACCAUAACCUGUUCAGGGGAACUCAGAUUGGCAGAGUCCUAUGUGGAUAGCCUCAUACCAAACGAUCUGGAAACAGAUAAGACAGACUCAAUUGGGAUGUUGAGAUUGCAUAUUGUGGAGGUGAGUCCUGAGCAGGAGCCACCUUUAUUGGAAGAAGAGGACAAGGAUAUGGAAGUUGAGGGGAACAAGGGAGAUGAAAGUGGCUAUAAUUCGUCACUUGGUGAAUCUGUUUUGGAACCUGCUGAUGUGACAAUUGAUAAGACAGGCAAAGAAGCUCGGAAGGGAAAACAGGGAGCAGAAGAUCCGGAGUGCAAGGAGGUGGAGAUGGAUGAUUGGUUGUUUGAAUUUGCACAGCUUUUCCGCACUCAUGUUGGUAUUGACCCAGAUGCUCAUAUUGACUUGCAUGAGCUUGGGAUGGAGCUUUGUUCUGAGGCACUUGAGGAGACAGUGACAAGUGAAGAAGCCCAAGGUCUUUUUGACAAAGCUGCAGCUAAGUUCCAGGAGGUGGCUGCUUUGGCUUUCUUCAAUUGGGGAAAUGUUCAUAUGUGUGCAGCAAGGAAACGCAUUCCGUUAGAUGAAUCGGCUGGAAAGGAUGUAGUGGCAUCACAUCUUCAAGUUGCUUAUGACUGGGUUAAGGAAAGAUAUUCUCUAGCCAGAGAGAAGUAUGAGGAAGCACUCCUAAUCAAACCAGACUUCUAUGAGGGGUUGCUGGCUCUGGGGCAACAGCAAUUUGAAAUGGCCAAACUUCAUUGGUCUUUUGCACUUGCUAAGAAGAUAGAUCUCCCAAGCUGGGAUUCUGCUGAAACUCUAAAACUUUUUGAGAGUGCGGAAGAAAAGAUGAAGGCUGCAACUGAGAUGUGGGAGAAGCUCGAGGAGCAGAGGGAAAAUGAGCUAAAAGAUCCAAGUGCUAGCAAGAAGGAAGAGUUAUCAAAAAGAAGGAAGAAACAAACAAGUAAUACUGAAGGUGAGCCCUCUAGCCUUGGCAAUCAGGUUGAAAUUUCAGCAGAUGAAGCAGCAGAACAAGCUGCUGUCAUGAGAUCACAGAUACAUCUCUUCUGGGGUAACAUGCUUUUUGAGCGAUCCCAAGUUGAGUGCAAGUUGGGAUUGGAUGGUUGGAAGAAAAACCUGGAUGCUGCUGUUGAGCGCUUUAAACUUGCUGGAGCUUCUGAGGCUGACAUUUCAACGGUUCUGAAGAAUCACUGCUCUAAUGGAGAUGCAGUGGAAGGAGAUGCAAAAAAGGAUCCAAAGUUGGACGCUGAUGUGGCUGGUGAUGCUAAGAAUGGUGCAGUUGAUCAAGUAUCAGGCAAUUGAGGUAGAGUGAUAGUAUCUACCUGUUUGGAGCUACCUUCUAAUUUUGUCUAUCAGUAAUGAGCAUGAACCGGAGAAAGGAAAUCUGUUUUCUCAUCAAAGUGGUGGAAUUCCAGAAUUUUUCAUUUGGUGAUGAAACGUCGGGUGCCAACAGAUAAUAUUUACUAAAAAGAUUUUGUACUUUCAGCUCUACCUGGUAAUUUUAAAGGGGACAUUUUCGAAAUAUUGUUAGAAAACUGACGAGUUUCAAUAAACAAUUGAUUUGCUUAGGGUCUGAUUUUGACCUUUCUGAAGUGCA